CUCUCACUCUUGGCUCUUGGUCUGUAGACUAGAAGCCUCUCGCUCUUACAUUCGGCCUCUCGGGCUCUCCCUCACUCCCUAAUCUAUCUGAAUUCUCGUCUGAGUCGUCGCUCAAGCCUCGCCAUCUAGAGACUGCUGACUGGAACUGGAAGGCUUGAAAUCCCUGACGGCGGAAGCCUCUCACUCUCGCUCUCAUUCUCGGCUCUUGGUUUGCAGACCUGAAGCCUCGCACUAUUGGUCUCAACCUCGUGGGCUCUCCGGCCUUCCUCUUCCUUCUCAGCCUUCCGCAAAUCUGCAAAGCCUCCAUCCUCGCAGUCCACCAGCCCCCAGACACCAUCGCUUCGCCCCACUGUCGAGCACCUCCAUCCUCGAAGUCCACCAGACACCAUCGCUUCGUCCCACUGUCGCGCACUCUCCAUAUCUCGCAACUCUUCUCUCUCACACUCACCUCUCCUUUUCCCUCUCAGCCAUACGCACACCUCGCCAUCCCCACGGUCCCUCCUCUGCAUAACCACGCCGGCACCACCAACCUUCACCAUCGCCAGACAUCACCCAUCUCCCCCCUAAGCAUCUCCCUCACUAUAUCUCCUCAUUGCCAUUUCACCAUCUCAACGUCACCACUCUCCAGCAGUCAGGAACCUCCUCAGCACCUCCGUUCGCAGCUCUCGGCGCCACCAGGUAGGGUUCUGGGACUCGGAAAGUGUUGGGGCUCUGUUCAAACAACGUUCUCCUGGCGGUGGUUUAUUUAGUUCUGUGGUGUCUGGUUGUUGCAAGUCGUGUGUGCUGAUUUUCAGUUCUGAUGGCCUUGAGGAAGAAGUUUUGGUUUAAUAUUUUGGAAGACUUCUAUUUUGGCUGCAAAUGUUCUCAAUACUUCAGCUCAAAAGUGGACUUCAGAAAGCUCAGGCCAAUGAUUCUCAAAAGAAUUGAAAGAAGGGCUACAGACUAUCCAAUUCGAGGCUUUGUACCUGUUGCAUUUGAUGUCCUUAAGGCCAGGGCCCUUCUCAUUCAGGGUGUGUCUACCCUUCUCAAUGUUUUUCCUGUCAUGGCCUGCAAGUUCUGUUCAGAAAUAUAUGUUGGUGGGAAUGGUCACUCAAUCCAGACAUGUCAUGGUUACAGACGCCGUGCUAAGAGCCAGGUUCAUGAAUGGAUCAGUGGUGGCUUGAAUGACAUACUUGUCCCGGUAAAAACCUUUAACCUACCAUCCAUGUUCCACGAAGUCAUUAAACAUCAACAAAGAUUUGAUUUUAAGCGUGUUCCUGCAGUUGUUGAGCUUUGCUUGCGGGCAGGGGCAUAUCCAUGUGAUGAUGACUUGUACUCCAGCAGCAUCACCGAUGGUGUUGAAGGAGCUCAGUCUCUGCCAUCCCAAGACUUGAGUCAAGUAGCCAGAGUAACAUUGAAGGCAUGGGAGUCACUUAGAUGUGGGGUGCAAAAGUUAUUAUUGGUUCAUCCAGGUAAGGUUUGUAAACACUGUUCGGAAGUUCAUGUGGGGCCAUCUGGGCAUAGGGGUAGACUUUGUGGGGUAUUCAAGAAUGAGAGUUGGCGUGGAACCCACUUCUGGAAGAAAGCGGAUGUUGAUGAUUUGGUGCCUCCAAAUAUUGUAUGGAGGCGGCGGUCUCAUGACCCUCCUGUGCUGCUGGACAAGGGACGCGGUUUUUAUGGGCGUGCACCUGCUGUGAUUGAUCUUUGUAUGCAGGCUGGUGCUAUUGCACCGAGCAAGUAUUUUUGUAUGAUGAAAAUGCAGGGCAUAUCAGAACCUAUUUCGAAUUGAGCUACAGAACUCUGUUGGUUGAACUAUAGUGGGUUUUGCGUGAGGCGCUUGAUCUAAUGCAUUUUUGCAUCAUAAUUUUUGCUCACCCUCUGUCAAGCCGGAGCCUUGUUACCUGAAUCAUUCAGAUGGUUCAAGAAUUUUCUGUCCAGCUUGGUCUUUGCAGGAAAUUUUGGUAGUGUCCAGAGAAUUUUUAAUGCUAUGCCUUUAAUUUAUGGAAUCACAGCUGCAAAUUAUGUGCAUGCAGAUACUAAUUGAUCAUGUUUAGUAGCUCUAUGCCCUCUCAGCUGGGUUGCAUUGCAUCACUGCAGCUCUCUCUCUCUCACACAUAGACGCGUGCAUGCAUGCGUUGUUGAUGUAUCAAACCAACAGAAAAAGAAACUUUUUGACAUUCUUUGGGCAUGGAAUAAAUCUUCAACUACAGCACCGACGAAGGUUGAAGAAGGUUAUGUUUUGGCAUGUGAACAAUGGGUUUGCAGCUCUAGCAUUCUGAGAGGAAUAUAAAAAAUUCUUAGCAGUGGAGAAUUGAGGUGUAUUAAAUUUCAAGGUAUGUGCAGGGUUAAAGGUCUCUAAUUUUGAUAAGAGUUGUAAGAGGCAUCCUGUUGGUGUUUGGGCUUUUGUGUAGCCGUGUUGUGUUGUAGAUCAACAGUUUGGAUGGCUGUGGCUUUCUUCUGCUCUCCUGUCAUCGAGUUUUGCUUGCCAUUUGUAUUUACUCUGGGUUGGGGAUUGUUUGGUCCAUGGUUGGUUAUCUGAGUUGCGUUCUUUGGUUAGUUCUAUUAUGUUCAGUUUGAGGAUUUGAUGAGAUUUUUUCAUCUGUGUUUGUAUCAUAUUUUGAGUUUGAAUAAAAAUCAUUCAUUUGCCCUUGGUUGGUCA